AUGAUAAAGAGACCCUUUGUUCAUUUCGUUUUGUUAAAAUGCAUUACCGUGACACUUUUUUUAUUUAUUAUUUUCGUUGACACGUUUAAAGGAAAGAGGAGAAAUAAACCGAAACGUUUUCCCUUUUUUAUUCCAUUGAAGAUUAUGAAAUGUAGAAAAGAAAUGCAUCUAAUAAAGAGCAAAAUAGGGAAUAGAAAAAUGUUCGAGCAGAAGGAAAACAUUUUAAGUUUAAAUAUGGAGGAAGAAUCAUUUAUUGAUAAGAAUGAGCAAAAUAAAGAAUGCGAGAAAAAAAAUAUGGAUAUCAAUACAAUUCAUAAUUUUCUUGUAAACAAUAAUUUUGCAUCCAAUGAAGAUGAAAAAAAAAAAAAUAUAUGUGAUAACAUAUCAACAUAUUACAGUGAAGCGAACAACAAUAUGAUUAAUUAUGUUACAAAUUAUGAUGAUGUAAGAAAAGAAUAUCUUUUAAAAAUUAUGAGUGAUAAAGAAACGAUAUAUGCCCUUAGUUCGGGUAAUGUGCAAAGUGCUAUAAGUGUGAUAAGAAUAUCUGGUCCGUUGAGCAAAAUGAUAUUGGAAAUAUUGUUACACAAGGGAAAGGAUAAAAAAAUAAAAAUAAAUAAUAAUAAUAAUAAUAAUAAUAAUAAUAAAAAUAAUAUUUGUUAUAAUAAUUAUGGGAAAAGACAACAUUUUAAGAAAGAUAAUAUUAAUAGAAUAUGUAACGAAAAAAGAACCACAAAUGAUGUAUAUAAUUUAUCAUAUGAAACAAGUGGAAAUGAAAAACUAGGUGAUUAUAAUUUACAUGAUAUAAUACAUAUGAGAAAAAAUCUGGAAGAAAGAAAAUUAUAUAUGGGAAAAUUAUAUGAUAAAAAUAAUGACAUUAUUGAUAUAGUUAUGUAUAGUUAUUUUAAGGAACCUAAAUCAUAUACAGGUGAAGAGUUAGUAGAAAUAUAUUGUCAUGGGAAUAUGUUGAUCGUAAAAGAAAUAAUGAGUGCUAUCAAUAAUAUGAAUGAAUUAUUUUAUAAAAUAAUAAUUGAAGAAAGACAAAAUAACAUAUAUAAUAAUGAUAUGUUAUGUUCAUUCAUUGAAGAUAAUAAUAAUAAUAAUAAUAAUAAUACGAAAUAUGAUACAAAUGAAGGUAAUAAUAAUCCUACCAAUGAUCAUAUAAUUUAUGAAAAAAUACAUGAGCGGUGUCAUCAUAACUUUAUAAAAAUAAGAGAAAGUUACAAAGGGGAAUUUACUAGAAGAGCUUUUGAAAAUAACAAAAUGAGUUUAUUACAAAUUGAAGGGUUAAAAGAAUUAUUAUUUUGCAAACAAAAAGUACAAAAACAAAUUGCAUUGAAUUAUAUGAAUGGAUAUGCAAAAGAUAUUUAUUUAAAAUUAAAAGAAUUAUUAAAAGAAUUAUUAGUAUAUACUGAACUAAAAAUCGAUUUUGAAGAGGAACAUAUAACAUCACCAAAAGAAAAAGAAGAAAUACAAAAUAUGGUUUUAAGAAAAAUACGAGAAGCUAUUAAUCAUAUUAAUUAUAUUUUAAAAAAAAAUAAUGUAGAAGAUAUAUCUAAUUCUUUUGAUAUUUUAUUAUUUGGAAAUGUGAAUUCAGGGAAAAGCACCUUAAUGAAUAAUAUAUGUAAUAAUGAUAUAUCCAUAGUAACAAAUAUUAAAGGUUCAACUUUAGAUAUAAUACAAAAAAAUAUUCAAAUUUUUAACAACUCUUAUAAUUUAUGUGACUCAGCGGGGGUUAUAAAAAGUGAAAAGAUAAAAUCUUUGAAUGAAAAAAAUUAUAUUCUUUAUGAAAAAAAAAAAAAAAAAAAAAAAAAUAUUCAUAAAACACUUGAAUCCAUGGGUAUUAAAAAAACACUAUCCUUUUUAAAAAAUAAUUGCAUAUCGGCAUUUGUAUUAUUAAAUAUUAAAAACUACAAGAAGGAAUUAAUAAAUAUAAUAAAAAUUUUAAAUCAUAAUUUUAAGGGAAAGAUAAAUCAAGAGAACAACAAGGGGGAAUUGAAUAAAAAUAAAAUGACAAAUAAAAUAAAAAUCCCUUAUUUCAUUUUUUGUCUAAAUAAAUGCGAUUUGGUAAGUACAUGUAAAUUCUCAAAAAUUAAAAGAAAUGUAAAAAAAUGUUUACUAGCAAAUUUAAGUACACACAUAUUAAAACGUUGUAGCAAAAAAAUCUUUUUCAUUUCAUCUAAAAAUGGAUAUAACAUUGAUACAUUACUAAAAUAUUUUAAUGAAAAAAUGAUUAAGAAAAGAAAACUAUUAUUUGAUAAAAAAUAUUCAAAUGGAAACAAUAUAAUGUUUUUACCAUUUGAAAGACAUAAAUUGUAUUUGAAAAAAGCGAUUAACCAUUUAUUGUUUAUACAAAAAAAUAUACACAAUUUGACCUUUGAUAUCAUAUCUGAAGAAAUUAAACUAGCUGUCAAUUCUUUGAAUCGUAUCAUAGGUACAAUAAAAAAUGAGCAAAUAUUAAAUAAAAUUUUGGAUAGUUUUUGUAUAGGAAAGUGA